AUGGCCAUCUAUUAUAUUGAGGUGACCAUCUAUCCUUUUUACGCCCAGUUGGAACAAUUUCUGACAAAUGGUAGUCGAAUUAUCACCUUUCGGAAUGGCACAAGAAAGGAGGUCAGUGCAGAUGGCCAGUCUGUCACAAUCACAUUCUUCAAUGGAGAUGUGAAAACAUUCAUGCCAGAUCAGAAAGUGAUUUACUACUAUGCUGAUGCAAAGACAACUCAUACUACAUAUCCAAAUGGAAUGGAGAUGUUACAGUUUCCUAAUAACCAGAUAGAAAAGCAUUACCCUGAUGGUAAGAAGGAAAUACUAUUUCCAGACCAGACAGUCAAACAUCUUUUUCCUGAUGGUCGUGAACAGAGUAUAUUCCCAGAUGGAACAAUAGUAAAUCUGCAGAAAAAUGGAGAUAAAACUGUCGAAUUCAACAAUGGACAGAAGGAGAUUCACACAUCACAGUAUAAACGCAGGGAGUACCCUGAUGGAACCAUAAAGACUGUGUAUUCUAACGGGCGACAGGAAACAAAGUACUCCACAGGACGUGUCCGAAUAAAAGACAAAGAAGGAAAUAUCAUUCUUGAUAAAAAGUGA